GAUAUGAGUUUAGAAAUAAAUAUACAUAUGAAAUCUAUAAUAUAUGGGAUUUUUGAUGAAAAGGUAGAUAACAUGAAACAUGAGUUCUUGUAGUUUAUCAUCGCUAUUGUAAAGUCUAAACUUUGGAAAACAAGAUGUCGGAUGACCAUAGACCAACAAUUCGUGUCCAGCAGAAACGUUUUUAAACAAAUUAAAAUUGAACUAAAGAGACUGCGGACGUUGAACACGCCAUUCAAAGACACUGACUUAUGGGACAUUUUUAAAUUGUAGGGUGUUAAGGUAUGUGUAUGUAUAUGCUGUCUUUAUUAUGCUCUGUCUAUUUAUAUUUUGUUAUUAUUUGCUAACUAAAUAAAGUUUCUCUUAAAAAUGAAAAAAGAAAGAAAGGGCGGUAAGGGUCUGGGUAAAGGAGGCGCUAAGCGUCACCGUAAAGUGCUCCGCGAUAACAUCCAGGGCAUCACCAAACCGGCUAUCCGCCGUCUGGCUCGCCGUGGCGGCGUCAAGCGUAUCUCGGGUCUGAUCUACGAGGAGACGCGCGGCGUGCUCAAGGUGUUCCUGGAGAACGUGAUCAGGGACGCCGUCACCUACACCGAGCACGCCAAGAGGAAGACCGUCACCGCCAUGGAUGUGGUUUACGCUCUGAAGCGUCAGGGACGAACCCUGUACGGCUUCGGGGGUUAAACGCUCGACUCGAACAACGUGACGAAGUCAU